GUUGGGUUAUAACAACACCCAUGCCUCUUCCUCCACUCCCUGUUCCACUACUGUUACCUAGUACAGUACAUCAACCCCUCUCUGUGGAAUUUGUUUAGAGCAAACUUUAUACCUCUCUGUCUUUAUCACUUUUCAUCUAGCUCUAUUGGUCUUUAUCACUUUUCAUCUAGCUCUAUUGGUCUUUAUCACUUUUCAUCUAGCUCUAUUGGUCUUUAUCACUUUUCAUCUAGCUCUAUUGGUCUUUAUCACUUUUCAUCUAGCUCUAUUGGUCUUUAUCACUCAUUCUGUGGGAUCUAUUGCCUCUUGUAAACUGAAACUGAAACUAUUACCCAAAUUAGUACAACACAAAGGGAAGCAGGGAGAGAGUGAGAACACAAGUGGAAAAUGAGAGGGAGAAGUGAUAGCUCUGAUUUAUAAUCUCUAUUCAUCUGAUUUUCUAUCAACACACAUCUAUUUGAAUAUCUUUCAAUCUGGAAUUGUCUCUGUUGUUCUGUGUUCUGGAACUGGGAUCACUCAAAACACAUAAAGAUGCAACAGUUGGGAGGGGAGGAGAGUCUGGUCCCUCAGCCUCGUGGGAGUCUACCCAAAGCCGGUGCGAUAGGAUUGGCUACCAUGGUGAUGACGGCCAUCUUUGUUUUGGAGCCGGAGAGCUUCUUCAGACACGUUGCAGCAGCGAUACUCAUCCUGACUGUGGGGCCCUCGCUGCAUGGAGGGUUUCUUCUCAUAGAGGAAUGUCUUCAUCAUGCAACUACCCGAUACCGUGGUGGGAGGCUGGGUCAGAUGGUGACAGCCUGUGUGGGUGUGUAUACUCUCCUGGGUGUGGGGUUGGCAGCGCUGCUGUUUGGCCUGACUGAGCCACAGCCCUGGAGAGACCAGUGGAGCAUGGUGGUCUUGGCCUGUGGCCUCUACCCUCUACUCAGAACCCUGGGAGUACUGGUUCCGUCUGAAGUGGAAGUGUCAGAGAUUUGUGAGGAGAGGAAGAUGAACGUGGCUCAUGGCCUGGCUUGGUCUUUCCACCUGGGCUACCUCAACCUGGUGUUGCCUCAGUUGGAGGGUUCUAUAGCAGAAUUCCGUGCCUCACACACGGCAGGUCCGUUUGAGACCAGGGGUUCCAGAAAGCUCCUCAUCCUCCUCCCUCUCAAUGCCAACAUCGCUCACAAGCUGGAGGAUGAGGACACCAACAUCUGUUUCUAUGACAACCUCCCUAACACAGAGAUCGACAGAGCAGGGGUCAGAGGGCGUGUCUACAAGCACAGUGUCUACAGCCUAUUGGACGAGAACAGACAGGCCCAUCACUGUGUGGUGGAGUAUGCCACCCCUCUGCUGACACUGUAUAAGAUGUCUCAGGAGAGUAGUGCAGGGUUUGGGGAGAGGGACAGGAGAGAGCAGGUGCUGCUGUUCUACAGGACUCUACAGGACAUACUGGACCGCUCACUGGAGUGCAGGAACCGCUACCGACUCAUCCUGCUCAACGAUGAGCAUGAGGAUGACCCUCACUUCCUGUCCAAGGCCAUUCUGAAGAACCUGGAUCAGCAGGAGAAAGAAGAGUUCUAUGUUCUCCCUGUCAACCCUCAGCCUGAGGUGGACCACCCACUCAUCCCUCCCGCCACAAUCUGCAUAGAUGACAUGCACCAAAUUGAGCCAAUGAGCAGUGUACCAUCACUCAUGAUCAGUCAUGACAUGCCGCGUACACUCAGGGAACCAGACAUCCUUUCUCCAUAUGGUGGGACAGGUCUAAGGAGAUAAACACUCACUUACAUUUUAGUAGAUGCUCUUAUCCAGAGCAAUUUACAGGAGCAAUUAGGGUUAACUGCCUUGCUCAAGGGCACAUUGACAGAUGGUCAAAUCUUUGUUAGUUUACUAUGUUUGUUUGUUUACUAUAGUUAAACACUGGAUGUCCGGGUUCUCAAUGCAAAAAAAUGAUAUUAUUAUACAACAGAAUUAGUUUUAAGGAAAAUGAAAACAGUAGAAAUACAAUAGAUCCUGAACUGCUUAACUGAAUAUGAAUGCUAGGUAAUACAUGUCAAGGAAUUUAGGUUGCUACUGGUGUGUAGCUGUUUUUUUUAGCAGGAUAUUGUUAAUUGUGUAAUACAGUCCUAUAUUGGCUGUAACAUUUAGUGUUGUUUAUCUGUGAUCAAUUUGUGUGUCAUGUAUGCAUAACUGAUGUAGGCAUAUAAUAACAACCCCGCUUAUUUCUUACAUUGUCUGCAUGUUGUUCUCUACUCUCCUAAACUCUGUAAUUUAUCUGUCCGUACUGUGUGUACACCGCUAUGAUGGAUUUACAUGGUUUGCACAGACUGAAUGUGCAUGCUUGAACCACGGUGUGAAGUAAACAGAGAUAGAGAGAGAGAGAGAUUCCUUCUUUGCAUGCCUGGCCGGGGCUAGGGAGUGAGCUGAGAGCUGAGCCUGGGCUGAUCAUUCAGAGGAGAACAGAGCCUGAGCCACAUGUUAUCUAGCUACAGUCAGUACCAUAGAAAUAUAAUGAAUUGAAUGGGCUUGGAUGCUCUAACCCUGGCAAUUUGACUGGUAAACUCAUGGGUACACUCACAAUGGCUGCCUGGUAUUGAGAUGUGAUCAUUUUCAUGGUAUUUUGGAAUGUUCUAUCAACUGAUGCUGGAUUGCCAUGGUAAUGUAGAAUGUUCAUUAAAAUAAUGCUAACUGAUGUGGCACAUGCAAUGGAAUGUAUUUCCUGUAAUGCUAGUUGAAUUGACUCAACAAAUCACAUCACAGAUUGAAGGGUACACUUCUUGCUUUUACUUCCUGGCAUGGGUCUAGGUCAAAAACAUACAGGAUAAGACAACAAGGUCACAAAUCUGGGACCAGCACCAUUGCUAACUAGCAUAGCUAAGAGUUGUUGCAAAGAGUUAUAAGAUAUUAUACAACGGGUGGGUCUAAUCCCGAAUGCUGAUUGGUUAAAACCG